CCGCCCACGUUGAGAACCGCUAGAUUAAAUGUAUCAAAUGGCUGCAGGAGUGUUUGCACUAAGAGUGAGUUUAACCAAAUCUACAUCAUAAACACAAAUCCCUAAGCAGAAAAAGUUUAGGAAAUCAGCGCUCAUUAGCAGCACAGUUAGAUAAUGAAAUGUUUUUUCAGAUAUGUCCUGCAAACCUUGCAUCGAAGSARCCAUUUUUCUAAAGACGGCCCUGACUUCUCAUCUCGUUGCGUUUACGCCAGGCGAUGCCAACGGGAGACAUAGAGGUGCUGGCGGAAAAUGUGGAAGUCUUCAACACGUGCCGAAAGCUGCCUUUCGAGAUAAAGGACUUUGUCAAAAAGUCCGAGUCGCUGCGGAUGCAGUAUCGCUACCUGGACCUGAGGUCGUCGCAGAUGCAGAAGAAUCUCAGAYUGAGAUCUCAGCUGGUGAUGAAGAUGAGGGAGUAUCUCUGUAAUGUGCAUGGUUUUGUGGAUGUCGAAACACCUACUUUAUUCAAAAGGACACCCGGGGGCGCCAAAGAGUUUGUCGUCCCCUCCAGGGAGCCAGGCCUGUUUUACUCUCUGCCUCAGAGUCCGCAGCAGUUUAAGCAGCUGCUGAUGGUGGCUGGAGUGGACCGGUACUUCCAGGUGGCUCGAUGUUACCGAGACGAAGGCUCCAAACCAGACCGGCAGCCAGAGUUCACUCAGGUGGACAUAGAGAUGUCUUUUGUGGACCAGGCCGGCAUUUUGUCGCUGGUGGAGGGUUUGCUGCAGUAUUCCUGGCCAGCAGAGAAAGGUUCUCUAACGGUCCCUUUCCAGACGAUGACGUAUGAUGAAGCGAUGAGAGGAUACGGCGUGGACAAACCRGACACUAGAUUUGGCAUGAAGCUGACAGACAUCAGUGACGUUUUCUCCUCCACUCAGAUUGAAUUCCUCAGAUCAGCUCUCAGCCAAUCAGAAGGCUCGGUUCAGGCCAUACGUGUCCCCAGUGGAGCUAAACUUUUCACUGGGAAAGAUUUAGAGGAAUUGAAGCAAGCAGCCAAGAGUCAGUUUGGACAGGAGCUGAGUCUGGUSUUGGUCAGAGAAGACGGCUCGUUAAAGUCUCCCCUGAAGAAGCUGAUGCCCGUCUCCGUCACAGAGGAUCUGCUGAGGAAGACUGACGCCGAACCAGGAGACCUGCUGCUGCUGGCAGCUGGYUCUCUCCAUGCUGUGCGCCCGAUGCUCGGCAGCCUUCGCCUAAAGGCAGCGCAGCUCCUAGAGGCUCAUGGCCUUUCGGUYCGUGACCCGGAUGCCUUCAACUUCCUGUGGGUUGUGGACUUUCCUCUUUUCUUACCGAAAGAAGAUAAACCCGAGGAGUUGGAGUCCGCUCAUCAYCCUUUCACUGCUCCGCAACCGGAGGACAGAGAGUUGCUCUUCACAGAGCCGCACAAGGUGCGAGGGCAGCAUUAUGACCUGGUACUGAAUGGCAGUGAGAUCGGAGGAGGUUCCAUCCGGAUCCAUAAAGCCUCAGAGCAGCUUCAUGUCUUAAAGAACAUCCUGAAGGAGGAUCCUGGUCUCCUUUCCCAUCUGCUGGAGGCUCUAGACUCUGGAGCGCCACCUCAUGGAGGCAUCGCUCUGGGUUUGGAUCGCCUGGUCUCUAUUUUGGUCGGAGCUUCCACCAUUCGUGAUGUCAUCGCCUUCCCUAAGUCAUUUCGGGGUCAUGACCUCAUGAGCCACGCACCUGAUUCCGUGUCAGAGGAGGAGCUGAAGCCGUACCACAUUUCUGUCAYAUGGCCAACAGAGGGCGGACGAGAAGGGAAGUGAGACRUUGAAAAAGACAAAUCAACGUCUGAGGAAAUUUUUUCCUACAUUAUUUCUGAUCUGCACAUCGGAAAUAAAAGCGUUGAUGAAGACACAGAGAGAGACAUGUAGGCUGAACAAUGUCCAUUUGGUCCGCAGGGACAUUAAAGACAAGAGAAUUUAAGAGAGAAAUGAUGCGUCGGCUGUAUCUGACCACUCACGGUUAAAAAAUAUCAUGCCAAAAGGACAGAGUGUAAAGCUAAAACUGAACUAUGAUGGAACACUUCAAUAGUAUCAAUACUUAUGGGGACAAACCUAUUAGGUGUUUCCCACUGUUACUGAGUCUGGUUUGUUUCAUAAAAUGACAUUUAUCGACAAAGUUACUGUUUCAGGACAUUUUCUUUAAAACUCUGUGUCUUGUCUGUCAGUUUGAGUGACCUGUUUGUCACCUUGUGGAUAAGAGUAAAACUAUUUUGGUAAGAAAGUUAAAAUAGAAAAUAGCAUACAAAAUGCCUAAUUGGGACAGUGGAAGAUUGUUGUUUUUUUUAAGUACAAAGGGCUUGGGAUCAAAGGGCUAAAGAUACAUGACUAAUUCCAUUUUUUAAGAGUAAAGUUCCUAAUAGCUUCUUAUCCUCUCAUUAACAUGCUUACCUUAAAGUGUGAGCAGUCUGUUACUCUGCUCUGAAACAAUAUAAGCCUACUUGCAUAUAAUCACAACCUGACUUUAUUUAAAAAAAGAAAAUUGGAGUGCACAGCUAUACAGGGUAUAUAAGAAUAUAACAUUGGAUGUUUAUGCUUUUAUUGCUUUUACAAACCGAUCAUGAUCAACUUUUUUUUUUUUGACAAAAUAAAUUUCCAAAAAGACUUUAACACCAAAUCUAAAACAGAUUUUUUUUCUUAUUUUUAUUUAUUUAUUUUUUUACAAAAUAAUGACAACUAAAUCAAAAAUAUUUAACUUCUUCCAUUUCUUGACAAUGGAUUAACUGAACUGCUGGGAAUGUUCAUUCCCUUGGAGAUUUUUAAUUUUUUUUUUGCAACCAUCUCCUGAUUUAUACUUUUCAUAACCUUUUUMUCUGUUGCUUGGAGUGCAAUCAUGGUCUAAUGGUAGCCAAGAAUCCUGAUUUGCCCUUACUGCAGACACAGUCUCUUCACUCAUUGUCCUUUUCACUCAAGAUUACUAGUACCAGUUGGCUGGACCUCUGUUGAAUUAGGUCAGUCACAUUAAAGGCGGAGAAUAUUUUUGAUUUAUUU